UAAAAUGAAGGAACUUGGUGACAGCGGGCCGCAGUGUGUAGCUGGAGUUCACCAAGUGAGCUCACACACACGAGCUGCAGUCAAACCAAUGCUUUAACAGCGCGCACACAGAAACACAUCGCUGUCUGCUCUGAAGUCAACCAGUAGAUCCGGGGGCCGGGCACACACACGCAGCCAUGGCGGGGGACGGCUCCGACCAGCGGGCGCUGCAGUAUGAACAAACCCUGAUGUAUGGGCGCUACACACAGGAGCUCGGGGUGUACGCCAAAGAGGAGGCCGCUCGGCUGAGGGAGAGCGGGCAGAGGCGAUCGGUCAGCGAUCGAAGCCGGGCUCUGGACCUGCUGGAGUACGACAAGGGACGCUGUGCCAAGUGUCGCAGGUCAGGGUACCCGUAUGUUCUGGAACCCCCAGCCCGGGACUUUAUCUCUGUCUGCACCGUUCGCUGUCAGAAGUUCCUGAUCUCGCGGGUCGGGGAGGACUGGAUCUUCCUCAUCCUGCUGGGACUCCUCAUGGCCCUGGUCAGCUGGGUGGUGGACUUCUGCAUCGCCAUCUGCCUACAAGCACAGAAGUGGAUGUACGGUGGUCUGGACAGCAAUGUGUUCCUGCAGUAUCUGGCCUGGGUCACAUACCCUGUCGUCCUCAUCACCUUCUCUGCCGGCUUCACACAGAUCCUGGCCCCGCAGGCUGUCGGUUCAGGUAUUCCAGAAAUGAAGACCAUCCUGAGAGGAGUGGUGUUGAAGGAAUACCUCACCUUCAAAACCUUUGUGGCCAAAGUCAUCGGUCUCACCUGCGCUCUAGGCAGUGGCAUGCCGCUGGGCAAGGAGGGUCCGUUCGUACAUAUCGCCAGUCUGUGUGCUGCUCUCCUCAGCAGGUUCAUGUCUCUGUUUGGAGGAAUUUACGAGAAUGAGUCGAGGAACAUUGAGAUGCUGGCAGCAGCCUGUGCUGUAGGAGUGGGCUGCUGUUUUGCUGCCCCCAUUGGAGGAGUGUUGUUCAGUAUUGAAGUAACGUCCACAUUCUUUGCGGUGAGGAACUAUUGGAGAGGUUUCUUUGCUGCGACAUUCAGUGCCUUCAUCUUCAGAGUCCUGGCUGUUUGGAACAGAGACGAAGAGACCAUCACAGCCCUGUUUAAAACACGUUUCCGGCUGGACUUCCCCUUUGACCUCCAGGAACUUCCUGCCUUUGCUGUCAUCGGCAUUGCCAGCGGUUUUGGUGGAGCACUGUUUGUGUACCUGAACCGACUUAUUGUCCAGUUUAUCCGGAAACAGAAGGCCAUCAACAGAUUCCUCAUGAAAAAACGACUGCUGUAUCCAGCACUGGUCACUUUACUUGUGUCCACACUAACUUUUCCUCCUGGCUUUGGGCAGUUUAUGGCUGGAAAGCUCACGCAGAAAGAGUCUCUGGUGACUUUACUGGACAACCGCACGUGGGCCAAACAGGGCAUUGCUGAGGAGUUUGACUACAUUGGACACUCCCAAGCCUGGAAACACCCGCAGGUCAACGUCUUCGUCACCCUUGUCCUCUUCAUCGUCAUGAAGUUCUGGAUGUCUGCGCUCGCCACCACCAUCCCUGUGCCCUGUGGAGCCUUCAUGCCAGUGUUUGUCAUUGGGGCAGCUUUUGGUCGUCUGGUUGGAGAAAGUAUGGCAGCCUGGUUCCCAGAUGGCAUUCACACAGAUGGCACCAUCUACCCCAUAGUGCCAGGAGGCUACGCUGUUGUGGGUGCGGCAGCCUUGUCAGGAGCAGUCACCCACACGGUAUCCACAGCGGUCAUCGUGUUCGAGCUGACUGGCCAGAUCUCCCAUAUCCUGCCGGUGAUGAUAGCGGUGAUCUUGGCCAAUGCCGUGGCCCAAUCCCUGCAGCCUUCCCUCUAUGACUCCAUCAUCAGGAUCAAGAAGCUGCCUUACCUUCCAGAGCUGGGCUGGGGACACCACGAGAAGUAUAAUAUCCGUGUGGAGGACAUUAUGGUGCGGGAUGUUCGUUACAUCACACUCAACUGCUGCUACAGAGACCUCCACAACGUCCUGUUGACGGGCCAACUCAAGACCCUGGCAUUGGUGGAAUCAGCAGAGUCCAUGAUCCUGCUGGGCUCCAUUGAGCGCGCCCAGAUCCAGUCGCUGCUCUCCCAGCAGCUCGGUCGGGCCAGACGGCUCGAGUACAUCCGGGAGAGAGCUGCUGCGGAGAAGAAACGCCUGUCAGUCAUUUCAAACCCCGGCAGCGAGGAUGACAGCCAACGAGUCAGUCAGGAGGUCCGCUUCCAGAUCUCUACUGAGGAAUCAUCCUUCAGUCCCACACGACCAAUACCUCAGAAGCCCCUCAAACCUGCUCUGAAGAGAGCGUCUGUGGUUGAGCGACCCACUGAGAUCCCAACCAAUUCACAGGAUAACUCGGGCAUUGCUUUGAAGAACCUGUUCUGUGCCAGUCCAGACACAGAGGGCCUGGAGAAAAACAACAACAUGGAGAGCCCCACGUCUCCUGAGCUCAGGAAGAUGCCCAAACGAGUCAGGAUAUCCGUCGUGGAUGAUGGAGAUAUGGAGGACGACAUGACCAUUAGAGAGAUUGCAGAGUGGGAGGAGCAGCAGCUUGAUGAGCAGGUCAACUUCAACAACUGCAAAAUCGACCCCGCCCCAUUCCAGCUGGUGGAGCGUACGUCACUGCAUAAGACCCACACCAUCUUCUCGCUGCUGGGCCUCGACCACGCCUACGUCACCAGCAUUGGACGCCUCAUUGGGGUGGUUUCCCUCAAAGAGCUGCGCAAGGCCAUCGAGGGCUCAGUGACGGUGAAGGGUGUGAAGGUGCGUCCUCCUCUGGCCAGCUUCCGGGACAGUGGCACCAGCAGCAGCGAGAACGAGGCCACCGAGCUCCACAAGCUGUGGGACCGCCACAAGAGCAUGUCGCUGCCCCGUGAACACACCCCCUCUGAGUCUGACGAGAAAUCACAGUGAGGGAAAGUGGAGGAGGAGGAGGAGGAAGAAGAGCAGGUGGAGGAAGAGCAGGAGGAGUGAGGCAUUAAGGUCUUUUAAUCCCCAAAGCCACAAACAUGCAAAAAAAUAAAAAAAAAAAAAUCCUCAGGGUUUAGGAUCAAUAUUUAAUUCUGGAAAGAGUUAGACUGCUGCGCCUGCCUCCUUAACUCCUCGUCACCUCCUCCCUCUCCCCAUCUUCACGAACCACUCACUACUUUCUCCUAGAGCCUUGCACUGACCAAGCCAGACACUCAACAGGAGGGUGGAAACCAACUCAGCCUCAGCCCUGAAUCCAUUCUCCUCUUGGGAACCUACAGCAUAGAGAAUGUGGAUUAGGAAGUCGGGGGUGGGGGGGACGUGUUGGUCAAAUCCAACAAGGGACUGGGAUUGGGCUGAAAUCUUUAAAAAAAGGGAUUAUUGUUUUUUAGCUUGUGUAUCUUAAGAGUUCAGAUCAAAGUCUGCAUCUGAAAGAGCGAUCCUCAGAAUGAGUCUUCCACUUGAGCCGAGAAAUUCAGCAAAGAUGACGAGGAAGAAAAAUGUGUGUGUGUGUGUGUGUGUGUACUGUAAGUGUGUGUGUGUGACUUGUGAAAAAUGUGAGCGUUCACGACGAAGGUAGCAAACGACUAUUUCUUAUAUGAUUUUGUAAUUGCCUUUAGAACACAUUUCAAUCGGCUUGAAUAAUUUAAUUUCUGACUGAUCAGGGGAUCUGGGUUUGAUGUCUUUGUAAACCACACUGAAGUUUGAGCCACUGUAAAGCGUUGGACAUGUGUAGGGACAGAUGCCAUAGUAAUCUGUAUUUUCCAUUAUUUCUGUUUUCCCUGAACUUCUCUUGUCUUCAGUAGGAGUGUUAAUGGUGAGGUUGAGAGUACAGUCUAUGCAAGCAGAUGUGCCUGUUGGCAGCGGCCGAGGGACCAGCGACCCUUUUCAUAAUGCACACACUGCUCUCCUGCUGCAGCUACAGCCUUGUUUCACAAAAGACGCAUAGAAGCGCGCACAAACAUUACUGAGGCGAUGCUUUCCGAGAGGGGAGGUUUUCUGCUUAUCUAUAUAUAGCUCUUAAUAACCGUUCCAGAGAAGGUUGGGGGAGGACGGAGAGGGCAGGAAGCGAGGGAGGGAGGGAUGGAAGGGAGCAAAUGGAAGGCUUAAAGAAUGAAGACAUCAUUGCCUAAGCAGCCACUCUGGUCCCGUUCAUCAAUCUGUCUUUGAUCGCCGCGUUAGCUAACCCCUUAUCGCUAUUAGAGACGCCCCUUUCCCCACCAGCAGCAAUAUGAUGUAGGGCUGAGGUAGACGCCAGUGUCUGCAUGUGCAGCACGAGCUGACGAUACAAAGGCAGAGUCCGCUUGAUUAAUGCUGACCGGUAGUCACAGUGAACUGAGGCAUGAUCCAGUUACAUUAAGAACACUAAACAAAAUCCAUAACUGACCAAUGACACUCAGAAAUGAAGUCUAACCAUUUGGAACUCACCCAGUUGACCAAUGGGAGGCCCAACUCAUUACUACAGACAAGCAGUACACUCCAGCUUCUAGCCCGGUGUGGAUGGCGGUUUAUUCCAGGAACUCCAGCUAUAAAUGUUUAGAUGGCAGCACGGUUUCUGAUUCAGCAAGUAUCCUGACAUGAUAGACGACGUAUAAGUACUGUGUAUUUAAAAAUUCAUGUCCAGUGUAAAGCUUGAUGCUCGUCAGCUCGACAGAAACACAUUGAUUUGUUUUCCCCGUCCUCCAUCCCUUCACCCACUUCCAUUUUUUACUGAUCUCAGCUACUGAUCCCACACACUGUACUUUCUUUUAAAACACUCCGAUUUUCUUUGUAUUUCUUAUUUAAUGUUUCUUUUUUGGACCAGGCAAUGAUGCCCUUUACUUCCCUCAGAUUGUGCUGCUGUUCGGCUGCCUUAAAACCUCACUCAUGGCCAGCUUCACUGUUGUUUUCAGCAAACGAGGCAUGGACUUUACCUUCGUCCUGUCCUGCUUCAUGCCAGUGAAAUUUAAAUACACACAGUUAGAUUAGCAUGGCUUUGCAUGAAAAGAUCAUGAUGAUCAAAAUGUACCAAAAACACAAGCUUGACAGACGAGUGAAUGAUGUUGUCUUACGUCUGCCAUCUUGUGUCUGCAUGUUAUUAUGUAUCCUUACACUGUUUUUUCAUUUUAUACCUACAGCAUCUGAUUCUCUUUCUCUUUGAUUGGCAUCUUCCCCUCAUCCAAUGAGCUUUAUCCGUUGUCUCUGAAUUAAACUGGGGUUGGGGUCUGUGGGUUAUAAGUGAUACUUACAGAUUAAUAUAUUUAACAUCAUUCUUGUAAUAUAAAAUCAUAAUUUAAUGUCUUAACCAAUCUGAAAUUGUUGACUAUUCUCUUUUUGAAAGAGAUUUUGGGGUUUGUUAUAUGAUGUUUGUUGUAGUUUUUUUUCACAUUUGAUGAUUUUUAAUGUUGGUUUUUAUGCUGUCCCUUUUAUGUUGUUGUUUUUUCUUUUGACGUGCUGUCUGAAACAUUUCUGCUAAGACACUUAAGUGCAAAUAACACUAACAGGGUGAAGGCUCACAAUGGCUGCCUGAUGGGAAAAGCAAAAGAAAUGUAAUUGUGCCACAAGGGGUGGUUGAAUGUUGAAGCAUGUGGUCUUUUAGCAACGUGUUCAUUUCACAAGUGCCUGCAUCACCUCCUCCUCUUUAUCAGCAGGAAUAAGAAAUCGGCACCGAAUAGUUUUCUAGUCGUGCACGUAGACGAGGCACUUUUCAUACACAUCCAUACGAAUGUGGAAGCAGGGUGGGCUGAUGUGUCCGCGCAGUGUGCAGUUGUCACCAUGGCAACCUGUUGUCAUUGUCUCACGCACCUCUGCCCUCCCACCCACCCCUGACCGAGAUCCACUCGUCUGAUUUGGUUCUGUUCAUUUGUUUGUGCUUCUCAUCGAUUUUCAUUGUUCUGCCUUCCCAUCCCUGCACGGACAUUUCAGAGUGGUUCAUUUCAUUAGCUACCAGACAGAUGUAGAUUGAGGCAGAUAUAUAUUUAUUAGUCUGUAUUAAUCCUACGUAGAAAUUGUUGUUCUUCAUGCUUUUUAUAAAUGAUUGAUUUGUUGGUAAUCAAAUUGUGCAAUAACGGCUGUUCAUCUCACUUUGUAACCCAGUUUUGAUUCAUGACGUGAAUGCAAGAUAACCUUAUUUUUUUAAAGAAACCUGAAAAGUGUAAAAAGAUGUAUGUACAGUAUACAAGGCGGACUGACGCUCAGACGGGAGCUCCUGUGUGAUAAAGCCAUGCUUGCUUUCAAGGGAAGGUUUCCCAGAAUCCUCAGUAAAAGCUGUCAGAAUCUCACUAAUCAGCAUUCAAAUAUUAAAGACACUGUUUCCUCCUUUAGGUGCUAAGUUUCAUUUAGAGAAAUGGCUUUGACUCCUCAGUUUGGCUUUUGGGAAACCUUCACCGUGAAUCUGCUGCAUGGACUGUAGCUGGCGCUCUCGUACAAGAACCACUUACUGUAAGCACUGAUGGCGAUUCAGUUUUAUCACGCUCCCCGCUGCCCUCUGCCCUCUGCCUCAGUCUGAGGGAUUUUGAUAAGACCUGAUCCUCACAUCAGCUGUUGAGGGUUAUCUGCUCCUUAGGACUCUUAUAGGGACUGUACAUUGUGCAUACUGGAGGCCUCCACUACGGCAAACCCAGAGGGCCAAACCAGACAGAGCUUAACAAAAUCCAGAGCUAUUUUUCACACAGAAAAAUGAAACAUUGUUUUGUAUAUCAGGGAUGAAUAAAUGAGAUUUUAACGAA